UCCCUCCCUCGCUCCCUCCCAACGUGGCCUUCGUUUUUAUAAACCAUCCCGAGCGAGCGCGGCGAGGAGGGGUGGCCGCUGAUCCGCCCGCCUGUCUGCUGGCUGGCUGGCCCCUUCUUCCCACAGAGGGCUCGCCAUGAGCGCCGCUGGGCCGCCGCCGCCGGGCCAAGACGGGGAAGAGGAGGAGAAGCAGCAGCAGCAGGAGCCAAAGAAGCAGAAGAAGCAACAGGAUCCUUUUGCGCGGGAAGCAUGAGCCGAGCAGCGGGCGGCUGGGAGAUGGAGCCGCUUCGGGGAGACGCAGGAGGAGGCGGAGGGGGGAGUAGCAGCGGAGGCGGAGGACACUGCCGCAACUUCCUCUCCCCGCCGGCCUUCGGGAGCACGCCGCCGAACCGCCCGGGGGCUUCCUCCUCCUCCUCCGCUUCAGGCUUCCUUUACGAGCGCUCGGCCGGGGCUCGCUCGUCCUCGUCCUCCUCGGAGGCGCCUUCUUCCAAGGACUGCAGCGGCGGCAGCGGCGGGCCCUCGACGGCGGCGCCCCCUCCCUCCGCCACGGCCACCGCUGCCGCUGCUGCCGCCGCCGCUCUGGGCUACCACCCGGGCUACCACCCCUUCGGCAACGGCUACUACAGCUGCCGCAUGGCCCACGGGGUCGGGCUGCAACAGAACGCCGCGCUCAAGGCCUCCCCACACGCCGCCGCCUUCCCCGUGGAGAAGUACAUGGACGUGGCCGGGCUGGGCCCCGGAGGGGCUGGAGCGGCGGCCGUGGGAGGCGGCGGAGUGGGCGUGGGGGGCGUCGGAGAGGCCUCCACCCGGGCCAAGGAGGUCUCCUUCUACCAGGGCUAUGCCGCCGCUGCCGCCGCUGCCGCCGCCGCCGGAGGGCCCUACCAGCACGUGCCCGCGGGAUACCUGGACGUGGUCUCCACCUUUGGCUCCGCGGCGGCGGCAGCAGCAGCCGGGGAACCCCGCCACGAGGCCUACAUCUCCAUGGAGGGCUACCAGUCCUGGACUCUGGCCAACGGGUGGAACGGGCAGGUGUACUGCGCCAAGGACCAGGGCCAGGGCUCCCACUUUUGGAAGUCCUCCUUCCCAGGAGACGUGGCCCUCAACCAGCCCGAGAUGUGCGUCUACCGCCGCGGGCGGAAGAAGCGGGUGCCUUAUACCAAGUUGCAGCUGAAGGAGCUGGAGAGCGAGUACGCCCUCAACAAGUUCAUCAACAAGGACAAGCGGCGGCGGAUCUCGGCGGCCACCAACCUCUCCGAGAGGCAGGUCACCAUCUGGUUCCAGAACCGCCGCGUCAAGGACAAGAAAAUCGUCUCCAAGCUGAAGGACAAUGUCUCCUGAUCCGGGACCUCCGCCUCGCCUUCUCCUUGGCUUUGAAAAAGACUUGAAAUAUAUUUAAUAUUUCUCCGUCACCCUUAAUUUUUUUAAGUAAAGGGGGUAU